UCGCUCGCACUUCGCUGCGAGCCUUCCCGGCGCUGGAGCCGGAUCCGGUGGCACCGCGGGGAGGAGACAGGACCGGGCGGUGGCGGCGGAGACCGGGGGGACGCAACCAGUGCUGGUGGGGACCCAAUAGGAGCACGCCGCCGCAACCUCUCCUGCGCGCUCCGGCCGCCGACUCCACGCCAAUCGUCCACUCCCAGCACCUAGGACUACGCAAAGAAAGAGACCCAGCCCGGCCCGAGUCGGGGCGGAGAUCCUCCUUGCUUCCCAAGCGCCCGGGAGGAGGAAUUCUCCUACCGCCAAGAACCGAGCCGGACCGGAGGAACCCGUGGCCUGGAAAGCAACGGCAGCAGCAGAGCCCAGCCUGAUGGACGUCCGGAGCGAAUGAUGAGGGAAGAACGUGCCUUUUGCACCCGAGAGGUGACCCCGGAGCGUGCCCCGGAUGACCCCACGACUUGGAACAAUGCGGCUCGCCUGCAUGUUCUCAUCCAUCCUGCUGUUUGGAGCCGCGGGCCUCCUCCUCUUCAUCAGCCUUCAGGACCCAGUGGAGCUCAGCCCCGAGCAGGUUCCAGGCAUGAAGCUCAGCAUCAGACCCCAGCAUGAUGGCCACUCGAGGAUACCCACAGAAAGGGUCACACGAGACCCACCCAGCGGGUCCCCAAGAGGUCUGCAGCUGCAGGUGCCUGACCAGCCUCGACCUCACGCGAAGGCGGCGGCGGCGGCGGCGGGGUCUCCUUUGCGACUCCGGCGGCAGCGCAGGCGGAGACUGCUCAUCAAAAAGAUGCCAGCCGCGGGGACCGCGCGAGGCAACGGCUCGUCUGAGACCUUUGUCCAGCCGAGACCCCACUCCACGGCCGGACGCUGGGUCAGCCUGCACCAGGGCCAGCAGGAGCGCAAGCGCGUGAUGCGAGAGGCCUGUGCCAAGUACAGGGCCAGCAGCAGCCGCAAGGCCGUCACCCCGCGCCACGUGUCCCGCAUCUUCGUGGAGGACCGCCACCGCGUGCUGUACUGCGAGGUUCCCAAGGCAGGGUGCUCCAACUGGAAGCGGGUGCUUAUGGUGCUGGCGGGGCUGGCCUCCUCCACGGCGGACAUCCAGCACAACACGGUCCACUACGGCAGCGCCCUCAAGCGCCUGGAUACGUUCGACCGUCAGGGUAUCGUGCGCCGACUCAGCACCUACACCAAGAUGCUCUUCGUCCGGGAGCCCUUCGAGAGGCUGGUCUCUGCCUUCCGAGACAAGUUCGAGCACCCCAACAGCUACUAUCACCCCGUCUUUGGCAAGGCCAUCCUGGCCCGCUACCGCGCCAACGCGUCUCGGGAGGCGCUGCGCACCGGCUCCGGCGUGCAGUUCCCCGAGUUCAUCCAGUACCUGCUGGAUGUGCACCGGCCCGUGGGCAUGGACAUCCACUGGGAUCAUGUUAGCCGGCUGUGCAGCCCCUGCCUCAUCGACUAUGACUUCGUGGGCAAGUUCGAGAGCAUGCAGGAGGACGCCGACUUCUUCCUGCAUCUCAUCCGCGCGCCUGGGAACCUGACCUUCCCGAGGUUCAAGGACAGGCACUCGCAGGAAGCCCGCACCACCUCGAGAAUCACCCGGGAGUACUUCGCGCAGCUCUCCUCCCUGCAGAGGCAGCGCACCUACGACUUCUACUACAUGGAUUACCUAAUGUUCAACUACUCCAAGCCUUUCUCGGACCUGUACUGAGGGGGUGAGGCCCGCUGCUGGCCGGGGCCGGGGGAGGGGGCUCUGUCUGCCCAAUCACCUGCGCCGCCUGCCUCCGCGGAGGCUCCUCCCACCCGCUAGGAGCUGAGCUAUUAGCGCGGGGAGCCUCGGAGGAUGUGGCGUGUGGUUGGCCGUGACCCUAGGUGGGGGGACAGAGGCCCGGACAUCGCACUGCCCCACGCCCGUUACUUCGCUGCCGAGGCUGAGCUUGCUGCCCAGUGAUAAGUUGGACGCUGCAAGAGCUCGGCCAAGACGCUGACCAGGGAAGCCUGGGGAGGGGGGUCCCGGCGGUAGGGGAUGCCCUCCAUUCCCUUAUCCUUUGCCUUGUACCACACCAUGUGGUUUGCUGCUUUUCUAUGACCCAGGGGAAGGUCUCAAUAAAGCACAGUUUUCAAAGCA